CGUAUUAAAAAGUAAUCUUUUUGAAAAAGUGCCAGCUUUCCAACGAGUUGAACAUCUCAUUUCUACAUCACCUCUGAGCCUCAUCAUUGUCUUUUUGGUAUUGCACGUUUGAGCUAUUGGAUAACGUGUGUUGCAAAUGAAGUGGUGUACGUAAUACAACACCUGCCUUGUCGCCUGUCGGAAUUUAUUAAAUUUACAUCAUGUUUUCCAUACCCAGACUAAGUAAAAAAAUAUGGCCAGAAACAUUAUUUAAUUGGGUUUACUUAAGAGAGCAGAGAAAAACUAUAGUAUCCCUGUCCUCGUUAUCUGAAACACAUCAGAUGCUUCAACGAACUUGUAGGGAUUUCGCAGAAGGAGAAUUAAAACCUAUAGCGACCAAAACUGACCAAGAACAUCUAUUUCCCAAAAAACAAAUCAAACAAAUGGGAGAGUUGGGUCUCAUGGCAGUUUGUAUUCCAGAAGAGGUUGGAGGUACCGGCCUUGACUGUAUGUCCUACGCUUUAGCUGCAGAAGAAAUUUCUAGAUGCUGUGCCGCGACGGGUACCAUAAUGGCCGUGCACAAUAUUUAUCUGAAUGCUAUUAAUAAUUUCGGUAAUAAAAAACAGAAAGAAGAGUUUAUCAGGCCUUUCACCAGCGGUGAAAAUAUAGGUUCAUUUUCAUUAAGCGAACCCGGUUUGGGCAGUGAUGCGGGUUCUGUUACGACGAAAGCUAUAAAAAAAGAUUCCCUUUAUUAUUUAAGCGGAACAAAAUCCUGGACGACCAAUGGCUUGGAAUCGAAAGCCGCCGUUGUAUUUGCGUCAACGGAACCGUCGAAAAAACACAAAGGAAUAAGCGCGUUUUUGGUGAAAAAAAGUUUUCCAGGGUUUGUAGUGGGGAAAAGAGAAAACAAACUAGGCAUUCGAGGGUCGUCGACGUGCAAUUUUAUAUUUGAAGACUGUCCCGUGCACGAAGAAAACGUUCUUGGUGAACUAGGAAAAGGAUUCAACUACGCAAUGAUGAUUUUGGACAGCGGACGUAUCGGCAUUGCGGCCCAAGCGUGUGGUAUUGCUCAGGCAUCUCUUGAACUCGCCGUCGAUUACGCCAAGAAAAGAUCAGCGUUUGGAGCACCGAUUUCCAAAAUGCAAUCGAUACAGAACAAAAUUGCCGACAUGGCGCUCAGAUUAGAAAGCGCGAGACUGCUGACAUGGCGAGCCGCUUCGUUAAAGGACAUGGACAAACCUUACACAAAAGAGGCAGCUAUGGCAAAGUUAGCGGCAUCGGAAACGGCCACGUUCAACGCACAUCAGUGUAUUCAGAUAUUGGGUGGAAUGGGAUAUGUGACAGAUAUGCCAGCCGAAAGAUAUUACAGAGACGCGAGGAUAACGGAAAUAUACGAAGGAACGUCUGAAAUUCAAAGAGUUGUGAUCGCGGCUAACAUCCUAAGAGAAUACGAAUUGUAGGACAUUUUUUAGGCUAUAUAACAUGGGUUGUAUUUUUAUUAAUUUUGUACCAGUUAAGACUGACGGUUAACGACAAAUACACAAUUUACGAACUACCAUAUUAUUAAUAAAAAGCAUUCUUAUGCCAAAUUAGUCGCUGAAUUUUCGAAAGUAGUCUGGAGAGGGAUGGGGUUAAAACAUCCCCUGGAUGAGUUCCCUUAACUAAAGUAAUCAUAUACUAUUCACACUUUUUUUUCUUUAUAAUUUAAUAUAUAUAUAUAUAUAUAUAUAUAAGCUCUACGUUUUAGUUUUUACAUGUUCUCGUUAAAAUUUACCCAUAAACCAAUUGUACCUACUAAUAAUAAAAACAAAAAAAAAAACUUCAAGAAAUAAACGGCAAUUUUAUCGUC